AUGUCGUCUUCGCUUAAUCUCGCUUCCUACAUUGCCAUAGGUCUUGCUGGCUUUGUAGUGCAUAAUGCGGUCUCGUCUAGGAAACAUCCUCCAUACCCCCCAGGUCCGAGAACGCUGCCGAUGAUCGGAAACGCACACCAGAUGCCCACCGAUAAAGAGUGGCUUGCCUUCACGGAAAUGGCUCAAGAUCACGGCGAUAUCGUGCAUCUCACCGUCCUCGGUCGGCACAUCGUCGUUCUAAAUUCUCCGAAGGUGGUACAUGACCUCCUCGACAGAAGGAGUGCCAUAUACUCGGAUAGGCCAACCCUCACCAUGGCUGGAGAAAUGAUAGGUUACGUGGAUAGCAUACCUCUGCAUCCCUACGAUCCGAACCAUCGUUUGGCACGCAAGUAUCUGGGUCAAGCACUAGCACCUCGGGAAGUGCGGGGCUGGCACAGGAUGAUCCAGGAUACUAAUCUGGAGUUCCUGCGCCAACUCCAGGUAUCUCCAGCUACCUUCAUCGGGCAGAUUAGAAAGUUGGUGGCGGCUACGGUCUUACAGAUGUCGCAUGCCCACAAAGUAACAGAAGACGAUGACUGGCUUCUACAGCUCGCAGAGCUGGCGGACCACGAAUUCAGCGUAGCGAGUACACCCGGUGCAUUUCUUGUCGAUAUGCUGCCUCAACUGAGGCACAUACCCGAGUGGCUCCCUGGUGCGGGAUUUCAGCGCAAAGCGAGGGAAUGGAGAAAGACGACGAUCGACCUCAGAGACGAGCCAUACAAGUAUAUUUCGCAACAGCUGCAAAAUGGUACGGCGCAACCUUCUUUUACGGCCAGCCUCAUCGAGAACAAUCCGAACCCAACUCCAGAGGAGGAAACAGUUCUCAAGUGGACGUCCGUUGCAUUCUACGUUGGUAAGUCGUUUCCCUUUCUCACCGUGUCCGCUAUAACGUCGUUCUUCCUGGCCAUGCUCAUCAACCCCGAGGUCCAACGUAAGGCCCAGGCCGAGAUCGAUAAAGUUGUUGGAUCUUCACGUCUUCCCACGUUCGACGAUCGAGACGAUCUGGUUUACUUGGACGCGGUACUCAAAGAGGUUCACCGCUGGAAUCCUGUGGCAAAUCUAGGAAUCCCGCACCUGCUAACGGAAGACGAUCAUUACGAGGGCUUCUACCUUCCCGCUGGAUCUACCGUCAUUGCGAAUAACUGGGGAAUCCUGCACAACCACGCUCUCUACCCAAACCCAUUCGACUUCAAUCCGGAUCGCUACCCUCCCCGUUCAUCCGAUAAGCGCCCCGCUGCGACGGAGACGAAUCCCGAUCCGAGGACCUUUGUGUUCGGAUAUGGCAGGCGCAUCUGUCCAGGCCGGCAUCUCGCCGAAGAUUCGCUGUUCAUCACUGCCGCUAUGUUACUCUCGGUGUUCAACAUCCUUCCAUGUAUUGACGAAGAUGGAUGUCCGGUGGAGACAAAGGUGGAAUACACAGGAGGAACGAUUAGCCAUCCUACACCUUUCAGGUGUCGGCUUGAACUGAGGUCUCCGGAAGCUGAGAGGCUCAUUUCGUGA